AUGUCAAGUUUCGUAGACGUGAAGAAUGUUGAGCCAACCCAAUUUGAAGAACAACACUACGACGAAUAUGAAUACUACAACCUUUCAGAAAAAUACACAAGUAAGAAUCAGUAUUUUUGUUAUGCUUGUUUGUGCAAUUAAUUAUCAGGUUAUGAGCAGCAAAAAAAAUCGAAGAAUCAUUCAAUUUCAAUGGUUCGGCGUUCGAUCUAUGAAGAAUAGCUCAGCUGGUAGAGCACGGCGAUUGUAACGCCAAGGUAGUGGGUUCGAUCCCCGGGACCACCCAUACACAAAAAUGUAUGCACGCAUGACUGUAAGUCGCUUUGGAUAAAAGCGUCUGCUAAAUGGCAUAUAUAAUACUGAAGUUUCCAAACUCCUCAACGUGUCGCAAGUGGCACAUGUUGACUGCUACAAUGUUGCAUUGGGGGCAAGUGGGUGUGUCUUUGUUUUCAAAGUCUCACAAUAUGAACUGUGAACUCGCACUGUUUCCAGGUAGCGCUAGCCGCAAGGGGAGGACAAAGAAGGAAGCAAGCGACAACACCAACCGACCCAACCCUGGAGGCCACGAGCGCAAAAUCGUAGAGAAACUUCAGAACACUGAAAAGAAGGCCAAGGCGUGAGUAAAUGGAGGUAAGUAAGUGUCCCCCCUCCCCCAUCUUUGUAUGCACUUCACAAUUUAAACAUGGAUUCUGACAUCUAGGGCUCAGGUGUGGGACAGACAAAAUAUAAAGUUGGGCUUUUUGGCCUACUAAAUACUAUUUAAAGGCAUUGUUUUGUUCCUAUUUUGGUACUCUGUUCCUACCACCCUCAAGUGCCCUCACGUAGCAAACGGUCAAGUAGCCAGAACCAUAACCAAAGUGCAUUUGUCUUUCCUUUCAGGGCAAAUCGGACGGCUAACCCUGGCAACCAACCAUGGCCGCCUUGGCGACAGAACAAGAUGGGCAGACAGACGGUGAACGCCAAUGUAGAGGGG